UUUUGAUUAUUUUUCUUUUUAAAAUUUAUUUUUGUGAUGAAAAUUUGAAAAUAAUCUGUUUAGGAGAAUUGUCCGUAUAUAUAUAUGAAGUAUCUACGAUGGAUUGGCAGGUAUCUCUGAGACUGACGGUUUGUCGCAGUAAGUCAUAACAAAUUGAAAGGUAUGUUGUGAACCGAUGUGGUCUCAGUCAUAGCGUACGCUUUUAGCUUGCUGGUUUAGUGUUGCUUCAGUCCUUGCCAACGUGAGGCUGUCUUUCCUUAGAGUUGUGUUAGAUUAGUUAGCUUUGUUCUUGUUCUCUCAUAUGCUUCUAGUGUCUUACAUUUUGUCAUGGAAAACUAGUAAUAAUACCAACGUUUUUACCAAAAAAAAAAAAAUUCAAAAAUGUAUAUUAUUCGUUUAUCCAAGUUGAAGAUGAAAGGAACAUGUAUUUGAGUAACAAUAUUUUUUUUGACUAAAAUUUGAGUAACAAUAUUCCAUUGUAAUAUGUGGUAUUGUCACUCAGGACUGGUUAUGAAAUUUUCAAGACUAUAAAUAAUUUAUAAAAAAAUGUAACAAAUUAAAGUAAAAUAAUUUUGGAGGUCUAUAGAUCAAUUUUUCUUUUACCUAAUACUCAUGACUGGCUCUGUUAUCACCAAAGAAUGUAAUGGAUGAAGCGAUUGUGCUGACUUUAAAAAAUGAAAAGACUCUCGAUGAAGCCGAACAAGCCUUAGCUAUUUUUAAUUUUACGCUAUAACUUGCUUGCCAUCUCUUUUGGACGUCUUUAUGUGUGUGUGUGUCGUUAGUGGUUAUAUAGUAAAAAUGGAAAAUGGUACGCAAAUGUUUGCUGAGUUUUCUUCAAUAUGUAUUUACGAGAAACAUAGGUUUUGAGCUAAUUAUGGCUUUUUAAUAGAUUGGUUAACCGGAUUAAACCGGAUAGUUCUUUCAAACAAAGGCUUUUAUUUAUGUAAAUAUAGAGUCCAAAAUAAGCCAUUCAAUUUAACUUCUUCUUCUUCUUUUUUUCCUUUUUCUUCUGAUCACCACCAGCCCCUAAUAUUUAUCUUUCUUUUUGCUAAAAUUCUCUCUUCCUAAUUCAAAGAAAUCAGAUUUCUCCGAGGACUGCGGAGAAAGGACCAUUUGAAUUUUAGAUUUACCUGGUAAUUCUUUUAACCCUUUUCUGAAGAAGUCAAAAUGUCAAUGUAUCAGAGAUUUUGAUUUUGCUGAGAUUCGAUUGUUUCUGACCAAACAAUAUUAGAUAAAGUGGUGUUACGUAGGGUAUGUGCAAUAUUCCAGCUCGUUCUAUAUUCCGUACCUAAAAUCAACGUCCCUAGAAAAAAAGCUGGUUCAUCGCAUUGUGAUUUGAUCCAUAUAUUAUGAAAACGUGAAAAAAUUGAACCUACCUGUUCUCUAAUGCCGGCCUAAUUAAUGGGUGUAGCAUGUAUUUCUUCUUGAUUCAUGCAUGUCCUGGGGGAAAAAGUAAUUCAAAACGAGUACUACAUUAAGACAAAACUUGAUCUACACGUUAUUGCUCAAAGCAAUGCAUACGUUGGAAAAAAUGUUUUCUUCUUUGUGAUUUUGUAGGAAUUUUUUCUCUCUUCUUCCUGGUUUUUGUUUGGAUCGAUAAUCUUCAUUGCACUUUCAAAUGCAGAUACAAUAACAAGCAUCCUGAGAGUUUAUUUCAAAUUUCUUGGAAAUGGAGCAAGCAAAAACAGAAGUUGAGAAGAAAGUGUCAAGACUUCUAAAGUUCCUCCAAAACAAAAACAAGAUCCCAAGAGAUUCAAAGAGAGAGCUUCUAGCGAUUGCUACUGAUCUCCAAGAGCAUUGUCAAUCUCUUUAUUCUUCCAUUGAUGAUUUUCAACAAGAUUUGGAUCCGACAAGAAGCGGCGGCAGAAGUAAAGUGCAAUCGCGCGUUGCUUCAUCGGAGGAUAUAGUGAAUCUUGUUGAGCAAGGAAGCAAGCUUGAAGCAUUGAGGAACGAGGCUGAAGAGAAAGAACAUGCACUGGCUUUACGCGUGAAGGAGCUAGAGCGAGAGCUAGAAGAGGCCAAAGCCGAGUGUGAUCGUCGUAAGGGAGAUUUGGAAGAAGAGAUUGAGAUGAAAGCUAGCGAAAGUAAGCAGCUAGGAGAGAUGAACAAAGGGCUUAGGUCUCAGAUCUCCGGUCUGAAACUGGUUUUGAAAGAAACAGGAGAUGAGAUAUCGACACUUGUGAACAAGUUUGGGAAGAGUGAGUUAGGUUUAACGUCGAGGAUUGAAGAUUUGAAGUGCCAGUUGAGAAACUUGGAGCAGGAGAUUGGUUUUCUCCGUGAGAGGAACGCGGAACAGGCUGCAAGUUUUCAAGUUAAGAGAGUUGAGGACAAAGAACGUGUAAACGGCUUGAUGGAUCAGGUUAGUAGUUUGAAACAUGAACUUCAAUCCUUGCGGAACAAGAAAGUCGAACAAGUUACAGAGAGAGAGAUGCAAGUGAAGAGUGUGGAACAAGAAACAGAUGAAGAGAGGAAUAAGUUGCAUGAAGAGAUUGACCAUCUUAGAGAAGAAAAUAAGAAGCUGCAUACAAUAAUCACAGAACUUGAAUCAUCACAGAUGGAAAGAGAGAUCAAGAAUACCGAUGAAAAUGAAGAUAAGAGCAAGAAACUGGACGCUGAACUUUCUCAUCAGAAGAAUCUGGCCAAGGAACAAGAUGAUGUUAUUAACAGGCUAUUGGAAAAAAUCAAGGAUCAAGAAAGACUUGUGAAAGAACAGAAAGAGACCAUUGACAAGUUCUCUGAAGAUCUGAAGCAACAAGAUGAUGUUAUUCGCAGGUUGUCGGCGAAAAUCAAGGAUCAGAAAAGAAUAGUGAAAGAACAGAAAGAGACCAUUGGCAAGUUCUCUGAAGAUCUGAAGCAACAAGAUGAUGUUAUUGGCAGGCUAUCGGCGACAAUCAAGGAUCAAGAAAGACUUGUGAAAGAACAGAAAGAGACCAUUGACAAGUUCUCUGAAGAUCUGAAGCAAUCAAAGCGUUGGUCACUUGGUUCAAGCCGAGAUUCGAAGCUGAAUCCAAAUGCCAUAGAGAAGAAAAUGGAAGAAAUAGCGGAUGAUUUCCGGAUGAAGAUAGAAGACCAUAUCAGGAUACUGUACAGGAGGAUCCAUGUAGCUGAACAAAUACACUUGGAGAGCAAGAACGAAUAUAUCAAAAUACGAGACAUUGUUCAAGAAAACAAAGAAACUAGAGAGAGUUUGCUCUUUUACCAAACCCAUUUCAAAAGAAUCAAAGACACUUGGGAAAAGGGGUACACAAGAUCGACCAAGAAGCUGGAGGAAGCUGAGGAACACACGGACAGAGUUGCUAGGUUAGCAAAAGAGAUUGAUUCCGCGAAGAUUUGGGUGUGUGAGAAGAAGAGCGAGUUGGAAACUCUAGCUGCAAAGCUAGAAUGCGGAGAAGCUCAAGAGACAUUGUUGAAGGAAAAGUUAUCUAAACUAGAGAAGAAACUUGCGGAAGAAGGAACUGAGAAACUGAGUCUAGCAAAAGUUGUGACCAAAUUUGAAGCGAGAAUUAAAGAGCUUGAGAUCAAUGUGAAGGGACGAGAAAUUGAAUUGUUGAGCUUAGGGGAAGAGAAGAGAGAAGCCAUAAGACAACUCUGUGUUCUUGUGGAUUAUCAAAGAGAUCGAUACGAUGACCUCAAGAAAUCAGUCUUAAAGGUUUCUCUUAAGACCUAAUGUCACAAAACUCAACUCUUUUGUCUUCCUUUUCACGAAUGUUUUUUUUUUUAAGUUUUAUUUGUUGUAUCUAUUUACGUUAGAAUCAUCUCCCCAUCUUGUAAAAUAUGAAAUGUUGAUUGUAAGAUCGGGGAUCUGUUGUGUUUGACAGUUAUGUAAAACGUUUCUAUGGAUACCUUGUUUGGCCAUUAUAUAAACAUUUUGUAUUUAGGUUUAUAAAUGUUUAAAUAAUUUGAUGUAAUGAGGCAAAGGAUUCCACAGCUGAAACUACAGCCAAUGGGAGUCCGCACUUCAUAAAUCUUGCUUUCUACUUCAUUCAAACCUUCAGAUUUUUAAAUUUUUUACAGCAUCUACUAAGUAAAUAAUUUAUGCACAUUUUAAAAACUCAUAUCUGAAUCAGACCGAGAAAAGUUCAUGCUAUCCUCAUUGAUGUUGUUGGCUUUCUCUCUUAUUGAAAAAGUUAGCUUUAACGAAAUCGAAAAAAGAAGAAUAAAAGCUAUUCUUGUUCAAAAAGAAAAAAAAGAAUACAAGCUAUUAUGGAUGUAAUGUAAUAGUGGUUGUUUCGUCACCUUUGUUUACCAGAACAUGUCUCCUUUGAUCAUCGAUUUUUUUUUUUUGUCACAGACCUUUGAU